AUCUUGCAUUGCUCGGGGCGCCAGAAGAUUGCCACCCACAUCAUCAUGUCGCAUAGACGCAGACAAGGCCCGAAGCCGCCGUCGUUUGUGGACUGCAUCUCGGCCGACGACGCUGAAGCAGCGUUGGAUCGCCUGCUCGACUGCCUCUAUGGCCAGCCUAGGACAGGCUCUGCGACUUCUCCCACAGCCACGGCAGGAGCAGCAGCGGCACUGAUAUCUGCUGAUGCCGAGCCGCAUUCCGAGCCGCAUUCCGAGUAUAACGAUCCCCACACUCCCAGCAAGAUCUUGCCGCCCCCUCCGGCUAGCAGCGAUGCUGUAUUUCCAGACACCUUCGUGACCCAUGUACGCAAGCACCCCGAUCCUGUCGCCUUUUGUCUCAGUGUCGCUCGGCGGCUCUCGCCCCAGAUCGUCGCCGAGCGAUCUGUCCCGGUGAUCCGCAAGCUCGUCAAAGGGCUUGCCUUCACCUGCAACAAGCUCUUCAACCGACAAGAGCGAGAAGGCGAACGGCUCCAUCAACAGAAUGAGCCGGUCUUGGAGGAGCCAGUAGGACACGCUCUGAUCAAGCAGCAGGAGCGGCUUCUGGAGAUGCUGCAGGAUCCGCAUAUCACGCCGCUGUUGUCAAUUUUGAUUGAAUCUUUCCGGCUCCCCAUCGACGAGCCGAUCCACGACCGCGUCCUUUGCGAUCUCUUCAAUCGCCUGUGUGAACUGCAAGCCUCGCCCGAGCUCACGCAAUUGGUGAUGACAUACGGGCUCUACGGCCGAUUCGACAUCCCCGAGCUGCUCUCCAAAUUUGUCGAGUGGAUGGAUAUGCAUAGCGUUCAGCUGGUGGUCGGCAAGAAUACAGAUCUACAAAAGUCAUUCGCGGAUCGUCUGGAGCGUCAGUGCACCCAGCAUCUCGAGACGGCUGAGGCAGCCCUGGACAGUGGCAGAUGGCCUAGUCCAGAGACGUUGAGCUCACUCAAGGUUCUGUCAAAGCACGGGGUCAAGUUUCUAAACAAGUGGAGGCUGCCGCUACCCAAUUUCCUGUCGCUCUCGAUCGGAUGUCGGUUGCAGUCCAUGUUCUGGCUCAUCAACGACUGUAUCUUCUCCCAAAGCUGUCGCUUGGACUUUGACCCGCAGGGCUGCGAGAGCAUCCUGGAGCUCAUCGAAGCCAUCGUCAUGGAAUCGGACGAGCUGUGUGAUUCUGCCGCCACGGUAGAUCCGUCUCCAAACGAGCCGGUGAGCCAGCAAGCUCAGAUCCGCCGCUCUUGGAAACCGCUCAUGCAGAAGGCUGCCGUCGCUCGCUUCCUCCAGCACACAGAGACACAGCCCACAGCUCGAUUCUUGGCCAGUCGAUUUGCUCUCGGGAGCUUCUAUGAUCAAACUGCGGUCCGACUGCCGACCGUUCCGCUCAAGGCCACUCGACAUAGCAGCAACCGUCCUGAGCUCAGUAUCUACACGAACCCUGCGCCCAUCCACUUUGUCGAUACUCCUGAGCAGCUUGGGGCGCUGCUAGAGCUGUUGAAGGGGCCUGCUGACGCAGAAGCACCGGUCGAUAUCGUGGCUGUUGGAAUUGACUGCGAGUGGCGACCUGAUAUCCUGAACAUCUCCGUCGAUGCUGGCGCGGCCGCGAUCGCCCCGUCAAUACUGCAGCUCGCACUCGAACGAGCGGCCGAGGGGGGUCAGGUGUGCUUUAUUGUGGAUCUGCUUUGUCUUGACAACACCGCUCUUGCGGAGCUCAUCCGCACUGUGUUCGACUCAGUGGACUACACCAAAUUGGGAUUUGAUCUUCGAAGCGAUAUUGGAAAGCUAGCAGCACAGUAUCCGGCUAUUCCCACCCAGAUCCGGAAUCUAGUUGACUUUUCCACUGUGCCGCUUCCGUCAGAGGCACAAAUCGAUGCGCUAGCGUCAUCACCAAUAGGAAACAGACAAGAGCCUGCACAUCUUGAAUCGAAUAAGAAACGAGGGCGCUCCAAGUUCCUGCCGUCCCUUGGCGAGGCUACGCAAGUCUAUCUCCAAAGAUCGAUCGACAAGACUCACCGCAUCUCUGAUUGGAACAGACGGCCGCUUCGGCGAGCACAGCUCAACUACGCCGCCAUGGACUCGCUUGUUCUGCUGGACUUGUUCAAGGUCCACAAGCAGAUCUUGGAGAGUCAGCCCCCUCCUGCAGAAUCCAAGAGAAGGAAGAGAAAGCCCAAGGCGGGGACAGAGCACGCAGACCCAUUGUAAGGCACGCUGGAGACCGAGGACAAGUAGGUCCACGGAGAGGAAUACCGAUGUGCGCCAAUAGUCGGCGGGCCAAAUCUGCUCUAUUGUGACCAGCGCGAGGCUGUGUCGAGCAAGAGUGCUCAUUCCUGGCCAUCGGCGCUACUGGGAUCGCUGUUUACAGCCAAUCCAAUAAAAUACGGGACACCUUGGUUUUUAGUCGCCGAUCAAAUAAUUUGUUUCCCAAUACCAUCGCGCGCUGGCCAUGGCCAUUCUGUGAUGCGGUGCUACGCCUUUGCUCAUAGCCCGAGAGAAGUUGCCUCCAUAUUCAGUGUGUCCAAGAGCACCAUUCA